AUGACCGUCAAGCUCUACGAAGAAUCGUCGCGCUACGACCCGUGGUGCUCGCCAAACGAGCGCUGCUCCGAGCUCUCGGCGCCGGACGAGCCGCCAGCGGACCCGUUCGUGCUCUUGCCCGCGCGCCGCCGGUCUUUCGCCGCGACGCUCGGCCACAUCCUCCUCUUCCUCUUCUCGCUGUGGCUCUUUAUGGUCUCGGUGCGAUGGCUCUCGGAUGGCUUCAUGCUUCUCGUCGCGUGCAGAGGCACCGCGUUCUUUGAGUUCUCCAACCACUCGCUCGUCGGCUUGAUGAUCGGCGUCGUCGCCGCCGCACUCCUCCACUCGUCGAGCGCGGUAGUCUGCAUCACGGUGGCCUCUGUCGGCGCCGACAUCCUCUGCCUCCGCAAGUCGAUUCCGAUCCUUAUGGGCGCCAACCUCGGCACGUGCGUCACCUGCAUCCUCGUCGCCUUUGCCCAAGUCCACGACCGGGCCCAGUUCCAGCGCGCGAUCGCCGCCGCCACCGUCCACGACAUGUACAACUUUUGGUCCAUCGUCGUGCUCUUCCCGCUCGAGCUCGCCUUCCACCCACUCGAGCUCCUCUCGGUCGCGAUCACGGGCCGAUCCGGGAAGAUCGCGCUCGCCGCGCCCGCCGACGCGUUGGUCGAUCCGAUGGCCGAGCUCUGGGCCAACGUCAACCGUACGCUGCUCCAAGACGUUGCGGCCAGCGAGAACGACGACUGCCGCCUCGCCCGCUUCGUGCUGGGUGGCGCGAUGCACUCGGUCUCGAACGCCACCGCCGGCACCCUCACGCUCGUACUCGGGCUCGUCGUGCUCGUGGUCGCACUCAUCGGGAUGGUGUUUGCGAUGACGCACCUCUUCCGCAACGCGACGGCCGCCGUGAUCCGCCGCGUCCUCGGCUGGAACGCUUACGUCAACAUUGUCAUUGGCAUUCUCCUGACGUUCUUCCUGCACUCGUCGACCGCGUUGACGUCGACGCUGACGCCGCUCGCAGGGCUCAACGUCAUCUCGCUCGACCAGGUGUACCCGCUCGUGCUCGGCUCCAACCUCGGGGCGACCGUCUCGGGGCUUCUCGCCGCCGCCGUCACGGCGGGCGUCCUGCUCUUCUACGUGGUGCCCAUCACGCGCCGCCCGGUGCUGGGCUGCGCCGAGGCCAUCGGCGCCUACAGCGCGCAGUGGCCGAUGGCGGCGAUGGUCUUCAUCGGCGCGACCUACAUGCUCCUACCCGCCCUCGUCAUCGCCCUCGUCUUCCUCUACGACGCCGGCGUCGCGGGCCUCGUGCUCGGCAGCCUCCUGACGCUCGGCCUUCUCGUCGGCGUGGCCAGCUUCUACCGCUGGUACGUCAUCUGUGGCGGCCGCGCGCGCUGGCACAACUUCCUCGCCGCCAAGGCCGCCGCGCACGAGCACGACCGCCGGGCCAUGGACGCCGUCUUCCUCGAGCCCGACGCCUAA